AUGUUUGCUGUACGGAGAAUCAUUGCGCGACCGCUUCUGCGCGUCGCUACGCGCCAGAUCCACGUGACGCCCCGUCGCUUCGCUUCUGCAGACCAGCCCCCCAACAUGAACCAGAUCGAAUCGAUGAUGAAUGAUCCUCAGAUUCGCGACACGUUCGAGAAGCUGAGCCGCCACCCACCCGCCAUUGCCGCCAUGCAAAAGAUGGGAGAGGUUAUCAAGAGCAAGGGCCUCGACACUACUCAGCCCCCCAGUAAGAUGGACAUUAUGAAGCUGAUGAUGGAUUCGGAGUUCCGCGACGCAGCGACUACGUUGACAACCGAAAUGCAGAAUGCUGGUGUUGAGAUAAACCCUGAUGUUUUCAUGAAGAUGAUGCAAGGAGAAAAAUGA